UUCUGCUUCUCGUAUCACCUCCUCACUAACUGCUGUGCAAGAGUCGAACCAUUGACCACCUUUCAGACCUGAGUCCUUUCACUUGUCUUCCCUAACGUUCAAAACUAGCACUAUCUCGUCACCUUAGAACGUUUGUGUUAGUCCGUGAGAUAUCGUUAGCGUCUGCUAGAGCGGAUAUCACGUAGCCAUGCCGCACAGGUUAGGAGAUCCCGUUCCCCGCUUGUCGGAGAACCAGAAGACAGUCUACAAGGCCUAUGGCUCGAUUCCGCUAUGGGUGGACGAGCACAACAACAUCGUCUGCCAGUACUGCAAUGGCGCCACGGCUUGCGAACCAAGCUGCCUGCUGGCGGGGGUGAUGGACAACAUGCGCAAGGACGUGGGGUUUCUCGACGCGGAGGACGCGCGGCUAGGCGUGCCGGUCACGCCAGAGGAGCUGAAGGACAACUUCCGGCUCUUCUGCGAGAGGGAUGACGUGGCAUCCCUUGUCAGCAGCCAGCGGCUCUUCGAGGAUUUCGUCGAUGCCAAGAGCAUCGUUCUCGUUCUGCAGAGCCUCGGUCCGUGGCUAGUAUCCGAGGCGCAGCGCUACGCGGAGGCCGGCGGGGUGCACAACCAGCCGCGUGACCGGCUGGCGCUCAAGUGCACGCGCGCGGUGACGCUGUUUCUGCGGCUGGACCUGAACGCGCUGUCGCUGGAGGACACCAUCAUCCUGAGCAACGUGGUGGAGAGCUCGGGGGUCAUGGAGGAGUUCGACCCCGUUAUGCAGAGCAACAUCCAGAUCGUCAUGGACCUGCUCAGCAUCGUCCACGCCUUCCGCGAAAUGCAGGGCAAGGAUGGAGGUCUUAGAGCCCUUCUUACAGGCGAGGCACCUGCUGAGGUGGGAGGCAGCGGCGGUCGCGCUCCUCCUGCUAGCAGCGGCGGCAAGAAGCAGCCCCCUGCUAGUGCUGCGCGUGCCACCAUGUUCGAGGACGACCCCACAGCCCCACGGCGGUGCCAUGGGCGCACACAGAGCGGAGCGCGAUGCAAGCUGACAGAGGAAUCAGUGAACAAGCUGCAUGGUCGCUGCGCUGAUGCUGCUCGGCCGCUGGCAAGAGGAGCCAAGUACUGCAAGUUCCACCGUGAUCAACAAUUUAUGGGGGUCUGACAGUGAUGGGAUGACCCCCAUGGAGCCAUGACUUCGCUGGCUGUUGUGAUGUUCCAGCACUCCUGCACCAUGUGUUAUAUUGCAAGGUUUCGCAGCUGCAGCAGCAGUCAAUCCCCUAUGCACAUUAUUCGGGCCCUCAGCGGGCUGGGUGUUUCAAUUCAACCCAAUCGGUGUAGACUUGCUGCCAAGGCAACCCCCAUGUUUAUCCCUUUCCAAUACGUGACUUCUGGUUGCCCCAGUUAGGCCUGCAACAGGCCUUCUGGGUUGCCAGCUGACAUUUUGUGAGUUUCCUGUUGUUUUUCUGCCCUAGUCCAUCUAAUGGCAUUGUGAUUAAGACUGAUUAUUGUCCAACU